CUCCCGGUGAACCGGAUGCGCUGUCAGUUUCCUCCUCCGCGUCGUCGGGGCCGCCGCUUCCCUGGCGAAGCCGCAGGCACCCACGAGGGCACAGGCCGGGGGCACCCGGCGGCUGGCCUGGCGGGAGCGGGACGCCGGGAGGAGCUGGGCGCGCACGGUUACCGAGCGUGGAGGAGACACUGCCCUGCGGCGAUGGGUGCCAGGGGUGCUCCUUCACGCCGGAGGCUGGCGGGGCGGCGGCUGCGAUACCUGCCCACCGGGAGCUUCCCCUUUCUCCUCCUCCUUCUCCUGCUCUGCAUCCAGCUCGGGGGAGGACAGAAGAAAAAAGAGAAUCUUUUAGCGGAAAAAGUAGAACAGCUGAUGGAAUGGAGUUCCAGGCGCUCAAUCUUCCGAAUGAAUGGCGAUAAAUUCCGAAAAUUUAUAAAAGCACCACCUCGAAACUAUUCUAUGAUUGUUAUGUUCACUGCUCUUCAGCCUCAGCGGCAGUGUUCUGUGUGCAGGCAAGCUAAUGAAGAAUAUCAAAUACUGGCCAACUCCUGGCGCUAUUCUUCUGCUUUCUGUAACAAACUCUUCUUCAGUAUGGUGGACUAUGAUGAGGGGACGGAUGUUUUCCAACAGCUCAACAUGAACUCUGCUCCCACGUUCAUGCAUUUUCCUCCAAAAGGCAGACCCAAGAGGGCUGAUACUUUUGACCUUCAAAGAAUUGGAUUUGCAGCUGAACAACUAGCCAAGUGGAUUGCUGACAGAACGGAUGUUCAUAUUCGAGUCUUCAGACCACCUAACUACUCCGGCACCAUUGCCUUGGCCCUGUUAGUGUCUCUCGUUGGCGGUUUGCUCUAUUUAAGAAGAAACAACUUGGAAUUCAUCUAUAACAAGACUGGUUGGGCCAUGGUAUCUCUGUGUAUAGUAUUUGCUAUGACUUCUGGCCAGAUGUGGAAUCAUAUCCGUGGACCUCCGUAUGCUCAUAAGAACCCACACAAUGGACAAGUGAGCUACAUUCACGGAAGCAGCCAGGCUCAGUUCGUGGCGGAGUCGCACAUUAUUCUGGUACUAAAUGCUGCUAUCACCAUGGGGAUGGUUCUUCUAAAUGAAGCAGCAACAUCCAAGGGAGAUGUUGGAAAAAGACGGAUCAUUUGCCUAGUGGGAUUAGGCCUGGUGGUCUUCUUCUUCAGUUUUCUACUUUCAAUAUUUCGUUCCAAAUACCAUGGCUAUCCUUACAGCUUUUUAAUUAAAUGAAGCCAAGUGGGAUUUGCAUAAAGUGAAUGUUUACCAUGAAGAUAAAUUGUUCCUGAGAUAUAGUUUAAAUUCUUGAGUUCAUUUCCACAUUGUGGUAUCUAGCUUAUUCUUGUGCAGUUUUUUUAAAUGUGAGUUUUCCUAGUAAAUUUUAUUUAUGGAGGUGGAUGGUUAAAUUUCAUAUUAGCACUGGAAAGAACAAGGGAAACAUUCAAGUGUUUUCAAGCGUAUUAUAGUCAGUGUAUGCUUUAGGCCUGAAAUAAAUGACAAUGUAACUAUCAAUUCAUGUGUUAGAACUGUUCACUCAUUAGUAAGGAAAACCACAAUGUUAGUAAGAGGAAGCUAUGAAAUAUAUGUUAAAGAAUCCUUAAGGUUGUACAGAGAUAAGGUGUAUGCAUGAAAAUGUCACAUACUGAAAAAUGCUACUCUUUGUCACUUCAGUAUAAAAGAUAUGUGUGUGAGUACAAAUACUGUUUUGUUCUUAUUAAUCGUAAUUAGAUAAAGAGGGAGUCGGAUGAAUAGUGCCUACAACUGGAACCCUAAGCAGGGAAAUGGAGCUUUUUUUCUAGGAUACAGAUUUUCAAGCUAACAGGACUAAAUCAACAAGCUUGAAGGCAUCAGGUGAUGGAAGCAAAACACCCGAACUAGAAAUUAAUUCCUCUCCGACUUCAGAGGUGUCAGAUGUCGGAGUUCUUCUCUCAUUUCACUUCGGGUAUGAGUUCUCUGAGCUGAAUGGUUGCUGAAAUGCUACUACAGCUUUAAAAUUUAGAUGUUAAGUUGAAACCCUCCUUAGUUUUUAAUAGACCUUCAGCUAGAGCACUGUGAUAGACUCACUGGGGAAUUCGUUGUGUAGGGGUGGGGCGCGAUGGGCUUCCCUGGUCUUCUCUGCUUUUCCCUAGACAUUGGAACGUCCCAGCAAUGUGGAUGAGCCUGGCGUCAGAAAAGUCUGUUUUUGUACCUGCUGGGCCCCAAAGUUUGGGGAAUUGGUCACACUUUUUCUCUGUCUUCCUUCUGUCUCUUUUGAAAGUGUAAAAUAAAAUCAAAAUUAGACUAUUUUAAAAAAACUUCAGGAAUCCAGACUUAGAACUGCAAAACUAACCCACUAUGGCCACUUUCCCCAUGUGUUACAUGGGAAAGGUUUGCCAUUAAAACUUCAUUCCCUGAAUCCAGAUAGAUAGAUAGAGAUUAGUUAUCCUGUAAGUGGGUGACUCAGCAAAGCUUUCUUGAAAACCAAAUAUGGGAGCCUAAUCAUUAUUAUGUUUGUAUAUUCUCUUUUAAUUUAUAGAGUGCUUCUGCAGAUUUUUUUUUUCUUUACAACAACCCUGUAAAUAAGACAGGAAUGUAAAUUGUGUCUGGCUUACAAAAGUACCAGAAGCUGGAAGUUAAAAAGAAUAGAAAAUUAGAGCCCGUAACUAGGCUUUUAAAACUCUCAAACCUGAAUUUUUAUUUUCUGUGGUGCUAAAGAAUUUAGAAACACAAUCAGUUCAAUAAACCUUUUUUCCUUUUCCUUUUUGUUUUUUCCUUUAAGAUUGUGUUAUCUAAUUUUCAUUAAGAUCUAAAUAAUAGACCAUGGAGAACUUUGUUGGUUAUGGGUUUCAGGCACACAGUUUUAAACAGGGACCAGGUGUACAUCCACUGAAUUUACUUAUUUUGUACCUUUAUGAAAUUCAGUAAAGAAUGGGAAAUAUAAAAGCCUGUAGGGGCCUAUCAAGCCUAAACUAGGGCAGUAUGUGUGCUAGCAGUAAGCUAUCUUGUCAAAACAUGAUAUUCAGUGGAAGUUGCAUGGCAAUUCAAAACUAUAUUCACCUUACCACAUAUUCCCAAAUCUAUUAUUAAAAAGCACAUUAAGUCCCCUAGUUCCUGUUCAAAGAUUGAUACAUUUAGCACUGGAAUGGCAUUUAUGGAAAAGCAUUAGGUGAUCAAGAUCAUUUGUUUAAUACCUAUCCCAGGUAGCACUUGACGUGUAAAUCUAAAUCCAUUGAGUAUUUUUACAGUUUCUAAGUUUCAGUCAGAACAGGCAUAGAAUUGAAGUUUGAGACCAGAUUUUACAUGUAAACAUACCUUUAUUAUAAUUACACUUGUUCCCUUAAGGCUCAGUUCUUAUUAAACAACAUACAUCUAGUCUCUCUAUAAAGCUAAAUAUAGUGUUCAGUCAUGACCAGAGUCAGACAAUGGCCAAGGUAAGGAGAACUUCCCUAUCACAGAUUAGUAAAAGUUUGCUAGCCUAUAUUAUGUCAUCUCCUCUCAACAUUAAUUUUAUGCCAACUAUGAAAACAAUUUUCUUAGCAUUUUAUAGCUUAGAAAGCUGUUGCUUUUCUAGACUAUUGUUGUAUUAGGGAAGUGAUUCUAGAGAGAAAUAAACUGCCUCAAGACAAGUUGUUACUGCAAAGUGCAACAGGCAAAAAUUAUGAAGAGUGGUUCAAAUGUUGUUUGCUUUCAGAAAUUUGCAUGUGUAAAAUCACACAUGUAAUAAAGGCUACCUUUACCUUUGCCAAACCAUUCACAUUGAAGAUUAAUUUGUAUCUGCUAUGCUUUAUCUUCCAGUGUCACAUUUCAAUCCGAUUUUCUGUAUUGAAGACUCCCUUAAAAACUGAUUAUGUGUUUAAUGGUCUCCAGUUGGAGUAAAAAGAAUUGUUUUCCUACUUAGAAGAAAAGAACCUUAACAUAAAGUUCCAUCUAAAGGAGUUUAAUUUCUAACAUCCGAUGAAUAAAAUGUUGCAUUUUGCUC